GUCUGUGGCUUUUUGCAACGUGCACUCUAUCUUUCACUUCAUUUCUAAACACCAUAUCCAACGCAGAUGAUCGAUCAGGGACCAACGACCUCUGGAGCUGUAUAGGCUGAUCACCAUCCAACCCCUAUCGCAUUACAUUGCGUCGUCGUCAUUGACUUCCGUUCCAUCGGCGCAAACAAUAUGGUACAUUGCUUGAUUGACUGUUGAGCGCUCCUCUCCCCCAAUCGCACAAUUGACGACUAUUACGACUGUAAUCCCUCAUCGUCUGCGCUCGCUUUCGAAUAUCUCAAUGCAGGAAUGCCUAUCUCGAGCACGACCUCCGUUUAUAGUGGUUGAUACCAACGUUCCUUUUCCGCUCGGUUCGACCUGACACUGCGAUUGAUUGUUGUCCAUUCUUGCAGAGGGCCAGAAGAGAAACGACAGUUCAGCCAGAAUGGCUACCCUCCGCGGUUUCACCCCCUGGGGCGACCAGUAUAACUCCGUGCGCUCGACGGCGACGACGUUUCUGCAACGAGUCUAUCUGUAUGGUCGACCGAGGGCUCGUCCGGCCAGAGCUCUCAUUCUCACACUUGCCGCAUGUCUUUUCCUUUACAUUUGUCUCUCAGCGCCGUUUAGACAGACCUCCGUCAAUUACUGGCUCAAGUAUCCCUCAUACCAUCCAUUCGGUGGCCGCCCCGAAGACACACCCAUGAUCAAUACUGGCGGACCUGCUCUGAGUCGGAAUGACACUCUACCGAACAGUCUGGAUAAAAACAACCCUUCUUUUCAUCUUGUACUGCCCGCUGGGCAGAAGAGCGCCGCGCUGUGUCGCACAAUAACCUCCGCAAUGAUCUUGAAUUACCCCCCGCCUACUUUGCUCCAGUACGGCAGAAAGCUCCCAAGCGGAUCCUCCGAAUAUGAUUACGUGGUGGACCGUGUGACGGGCAUAUACAAUUUUUUGCAAUACACCCCGCACGUGCGGGAUGGCGACUUUGUCCUCAUCGCCGAUGGCUAUGAUGUUUUCUUCCAGUUACCGCCGGAAGUGCUUAUCCAGCGGUUUCAGAAUAUCCUCCGAGAGAAUAAUGCCAAGUUAAGAAAGAAAUACGGCCUUGCGAAGGAGUAUCAUCCUUUCCGCAAAGGCCUGGAGGAGGCCUUGCAGAAAUACUCUCAGAGAGUGCUAUUUGCCGCAGGCAAAGAGUGUUUCCCCAACAUGACCGCGGACGCCGGGUGUGUCACCGUACCCCAGUCCAGCUUACCCCCGGAUGCCUACGGCUGGAAGACCGAUAUUCACCCGGAGGGGCACUUGACCCGGCCACGGUGGCUGAAGCCCGGUACGGUGAUCGGCCAGGCUGCCGACCUGAAGUUAAUAUACGCGGAAGUACUGCGCUUCGUGGAGGAAAACCGACACAAUCGCAGUGAUUAUCUGGCUCUGACCCAGAUGUACGGACGCCAGGAGUACGUGCGAGAGCUAGAAAGACGGAGAAAUUCCAACUGGUUCAACGAGUGGGUUUACGGACUAGUUGGCAUUUCUGAUGCUGCGAAUAUCACGGGCGUGAGCCCGCACCUUGAGACAGGUCAUCGCUACGAAUACGGAAUCGGCGUUGAUUUCGAAUCUCGUCUAUUCUUCAACACGCACAAGUCGAAGAAGGAUAUGAAGCACAGCGUUCCUCGAGAGAGGCGUCUGCUUCUUCCCCCCGAUCUUGCCAGUCCGAGACUUCGUAAUCCCUUCGUCCAACCCCGGUUCGGCAAAGACGAAAAGGUCAAACCAGAGUUCAACUCUACUCUUGACGCUCUUCCAAAUCCACGGAAUCAUACAUGGCAUAACAUGCCCUUGCUGACCAAUAUCCACUCGGCCUCUGUGCCGGCCCUGAUCCAUCUCGACGAGGAAAAGCCCGUCAAGGAUAACAAAGCCUGGCCGGUGAAGCACCCCGAACGGCUGAUACGAGAUACCUGGUGGUACAACAUGUGGUACCAACCGUGGGCUCGCGCCCUUCUCCGCAAGUACAUGCGUAGCCCUACUGGAUUCGACGCUGCCCAAUCAGCCCUGCUGGGAGGGCAGGACUGGUGGGAUAUGCGCGGCGGCAGGGGAGGCGUUUGGACGGACAAGGGCGAGUGGCUCGACUACGCGGAGGUCUGCACGGGCUUUGAAAACGAAGUUUUCGACGAUGAUCUGGGGCAAUGGGGCCACGAAGGCGGGGACCCGGAUGAGCCUGUUUACAAUCAGUUCGGCAAACUGGUCAAAGGCAAAGGUGACGGUGAGGACAAACCUGGUCGACCGCAAUGAUGACUUUAAUAGUCUGCCAGAGUCCCCUUCGUGCCUAGCUAGGGCACAUGACCAAGUAGCGAAAAACAUGGCCCAUCUUUUGUCUCUGCAUGUAUUUCGACAUAUUUGGCACAUACGCUUGCGGCUCCGGUGCCGGUUGAUAUAGUCAGCUUGUUGUCUGACGAUCCUGCAUUCUCGGUGUUUUGGAGUCGAUUUAUCGUUAUCUGUUGGUUUGGACUUUCCAUUUUGAAAUCGGCCUGAUUAUCGGUCGAGCACAUAUAUCUUCUGUCCUUCCACAAAAGCCAUACAUACUACAUCGCCGGAUACCAGUCGUAUACCAGAUACACCAGUGAAUA